UUCUAUUUUCCACGAAGACUUGACCAUGGAAAUUGUCUGGCAGCCCCUCGUUCACCGUGGCCUAUAAAUAGAUGCUACUCAUCCUAUUCAACCCAUCAACCCAUCUGCAAUCCACACACCCCUCUCCAGCUCUCCUCUCUCCGCUAGAGUUGUUUUUGGACUCAAUGUCUAUGUCUAUCAAUGGUGUUUCUCCUUCAUUUCAGAGCUUUCGGCCUCCCACUCUCCCUCUACCUGUAGAGGAAGAGAACCCCUUCUGCAUAUUGGGGGAGUCUCGUCAUGUACUGGCUCCACCGCACUGGAAGAAGGCUGCUGAGGCCCUACAGUGUGGUCAUUUUGAUGAGGUGUGCGCCAUGGUGUCGCAGUUUGCACAUGCGCAAACUGUGGAUAUUCAGGGCACGGCUCUCACAGUGGCCCAGGUCACUGCUCUUGCACGUGGGGAUCAUGUUAGGGUGGCUCUCGAUGAGGCGGCGGCCCGAGGCCGCGUGACGAGGAGUGCUGAUUGGGUGGCUGAGAACAUCUCUCGGGGCACGGACACGUACGGGGUGACUACUGGCUUCGGUGCCACUUCCCAUCGGCGGACCAACAAGACCGCUGAUCUUCAGACCGAGCUGAUUCGGUUUCUCAACGCUGGAGUGAUCGGGAAGGAGACUCUUCCGGCGAGUUUCUCCAAGGCUGCUAUGCUUGUCCGAGCGAAUACUUUGAUGCAAGGGUAUUCGGGCAUUCGGUGGGAGAUACUUGAGGCCAUGGCCAAGCUGAUAAACCUCAAUUUGAUCCCUAAACUGCCUUUGAGGGGGACCAUCACUGCUUCUGGGGACCUUGUGCCAUUAUCUUAUAUUGCUGGAGUAUUAACUGGGAGGCAUAAUUCCAAGGUUGUGACGCCUGAGGGGGAAGAAAUCACGGCCAUGGAAGCUCUGAAGAGAGCUGGAAUUGAAGCUCCCUUUCAGCUGCAGGCGAAGGAAGGUCUGGCUCUUGUGAAUGGGACUGCUGUUGGGUCAGCGGUGGCCGCAACGGUUUGUUUUGAUGCCAACAUCUUGGGGCUCCUUGCGGAGGUUCUGUCUGCCUUGUUCUGUGAAGUGAUGAAUGGCAAGCCUGAGUAUACGGAUCCACUGACUCAUGAGCUGAAACACCAUCCUGGCCAGAUUGAAUCAGCUGCUAUAAUGGAAUUUCUUCUUGAUGAAAGUGACUACAUGAAGGCAGCAAAGCUUCGUCAAGAGAAGGAUGUGUUGAUGAAGCCUAAACAAGACCGGUAUGCGCUCAGAACUUCUCCCCAGUGGCUGGGGCCUCAGAUUGAGGUGAUUCGCAUGGCAACACAUGCAAUUGAGAGGGAAAUCAAUUCUGUCAACGACAACCCUUUGAUCGAUGUCUCUCGGGACCUUGCUCUUCAUGGAGGGAACUUCCAAGGGACCCCUAUUGGUGUUUCCAUGGACAAUCUCCGGAUUGCCAUUGCAGCAAUUGGGAAGCUCAUGUUUGCUCAAUUCUCAGAGCUGGUCUGUGACUAUUAUAAUGGUGGGUUGCCUUCCAAUUUGAGUGGCGGCCCCAACCCGAGCUUGGACUAUGGCUUCAAAGGUGCUGAGAUAGCCAUGGCUGCCUAUUGCUCCGAGCUUCAAUACCUGGCGAACCCGGUCACAACACACGUGCAGAGCGCUGAACAACACAAUCAGGAUGUGAAUUCUCUGGGAUUGAUCUCUGCAAGGAAGAGUGCUGAAGCAGUGGAGAUCCUAAAGCUCAUGUCUGCAUCUUACAUGGUGGCACUUUGCCAGGCAGUUGACCUGAGACACCUAGAAGAAAACAUGAGGGAAGUAGUGAAACAUCUCAUCACCCAAGUAGCAAGAAAAACCCUUUACACAGAUGAAGAUGGGACGCUGCUAGAAUCUCGUUUCUGCGAGAAAGAACUCCAGCAGGUCGUCGAAAACUUGCCAGUCUUCUCCUAUAUCGAUGACCCCACUAAUCCUUCAUACUCUUUUUUGCCUCAACUCCGAGAUGUACUAGUUGAAAGAGCUCUCAAAGACCCCAAAUCCACGGACUCUGCAGGCUAUUCCAUUUUCAAGCGCAUCCCCAUAUUUCAAGAGGAGCUGAAGGAGAGACUCAUUGAGGAGAUAUCAAAAGCAAGAGAAAGGUUUGAUAAUGGAGAUUUCCCAAUACCGAACAGAAUCAAGAAAUGCAGGACUUACCCCAUAUACGGAUUUGUGAGGAAAGAAGUGGGAACCAAGCUCCUCAGUGGUGAAAACAAGGUGAGUCCCGGAGAGGAUAUAGAGAAGGUUUAUGAGGCGAUCAAUGAUGGGAAGUUGGGAGAUGUGCUGAUGAAGUGCUUGGCAUUUUGGAAAGGCACGUCGGGCCCUUUCACGCCGAGGCCUAGUGGGCUAUCUUCUCCAGCGCAGUUUAAUCCGGAGUAUUGGGGUUGGUUUGAGAAGCUAAGGUCUCCUUCCGCCUCGAAUGGGAGAGUGAAUUGGGACCAGCUCUGAGUAGAAGGAAGGAAAAGGAAUUAAUUACGAAGAUGAGAACAAGUAUAAUGUUUGUUUGUGUGUUUCUAAUGCUGUUUUGUACUAGAAUUUUGAUUCCCAUCAAGUAAAAAUCCAAUUCCGACAAACAUGAUAUGACUUCAAAAUAUGGAUAAAUCACAUUGAAUA